AUGGCAAGAAAUAUGUGGACCAAGUUCAGCGACUACCGAGAUCGGAUGUACAAGGGCUCUGCCAUCGUUCCUCUUCGUCAACUGGUCGAUCUGGAAGGCAACCGCCAAGUAGAUGAACAGUUCGUCGCCAGGUACCAUGAGACUUGGGGGGGCAGCAUCGACCCCUUGAUGCACGAGAUGACGGGGUUGCUUCCUGACGAUGAUGGGUUGGACCUCCAAAGUUUUCCUGCAGACAUCCAGGUACAGGUCGUCCAUGGCCAGCACCGAAAGAGGGUGCUGGAAAUGCAUAUAAGGACUCUGCUGCAGCAAGAGCAUGAACUUGCACAUCCUGACAAGGAAGUGUCCUCACAGGAAUUCCCAAUAGAGGCGGUGUAUGCGCAUCCCCGCGCAUUUUGGAAGGUGAAGCUCUAUGGGCAAUCUCUUCGAAAGAACCAUGAAGUCAUGUUCCAUGUUUGGCUGGCCAAAGAUAACAAGAUGGAGGACAAGGUGCCAAACAAGUGGCACUACAUGUUUUCAGUCAUGCAUGGGGUGAUCAAGUCGAAGAAUCCGGCACCGGCUACGAUGGAACUGGGUUCAGCCUGGAGGGCGGUGGAGGAGAAGGAGAUGUUGCCGUUGCGGGAUGUAUGGAGAUCGAGUGAGCUGGCAGAGGCCAUUGGGGACCUCCUCACGAUCCCAUGCUGGAGGGAAUGCGAAAAAGUGCCAUCUAGCAUGGAAAGGUGGACUCAUUGUGGGAUGCAUCAGCUCUAUGCACAGCUGAUAAGAACUCACAUCACGCAGCUGAGUGCCCUGGUGCAACCACGGGGGGUAACGUCAGUGACUGCGUUGGACCUUGCCCUUUCGUGGUCCAUCAACUUCCAGCACCCUCCUAGGUGGACCGCUGUGUUGGACAACAAACCGAAUGCGAUAUACAGCCAAGGGGCGAUCUCGGAGGCGAAGAGGGUUCCAGAUGGAUUCAGGAAUGCCCUUCAGGACCGCAAGUCGAACACUUGGGGAUUCCUCCCUGAUGACUUCCUACAUCCAGCCUAUCUCCAGGCAAACAACUCGCGAGUCAACUUGGAGAUGUCCAAGAUACGAAGGACCUUCAUUCUCUUGGUCUACAUCGUCUUUGGGGAGAAGCAGGCCAAGAAGAUGAUGAGUCGGAUGAAAGGGCAUGGUGGAAGAAGGAAGCAAGAGGAUGUGGAUGCAUUCCAUUUCACUCAAGAUAACGAGGAGCUCUUUUGGGACACUGCGCUCCCAAAACUAUGCAUGGCUAAGGGUCAUAACACUGAUGGUUUACUGGAAGAGAUCCUCCUAUCUCGCCUGAUCCGUCAAGGCACAGUGGAAGCCACGUUCAAGAAACAGGAUGUGGACGAGACGAGUGACAACUUGGACAGGUUCGAUGUCGCUCGGAUCACAGACAUGGUCAGGAGAAAUGAAGGGUGGUGGGCCUUGCUGAGACGGUUCGCUGGAUGGAAAGAUAAGGCCUAUCGUUUCACCUCUGGGGUAGUCAUCGAAGCGGCUUCCCCAGACCGCUUCCAGGAACUUCGACAGGUGUCAGAGGCAGUCGUGGAGCAGCUGGAUGGUGCGGUGGACAAGUACUACGACAGUAUCUACCACCUUGGACAGCUGAGUUCGCACCGUGAUGAGGUGGAAAAGUCUAGGGAGAUGGUGCAACGCAAGCGGGUCGAGCUGGAUCGGGAGGAGAGGGAGCUGGAUGAGGCAGAGGAGUUCAACCACCAGCUUCACAGUAUAGUGGAGGACGUGCUUCAAGAGGACUCUACAGCUAUGAAUCAGGCAAAGGCCAGGUACGACGAGCUUCCCCCAGUCCCACCCCCCAACAACAUCGGGGACACACAGGGUUAUGCAUUGGAGCGGAUGAUGGCGUCUCCUUUGCCGCCUGUUAUGGCAUCGUCAUUGGAUACUACAUCUUCCCCCCCUUCCCAUAAUUCUGGCCAUGAUGAUUCUCUCCCUUCCUUGGUGCCCCACAGUGACGUCGACCUAUUCCUGGAUGACCUUCAGUUCCAAAUGCGAAUAAUGUUUGAAAAGGAUUUGCCCGACUAUGAUUGCUGGAACAAGGCCCACCGAAUGAAGGAUUUCCUGUUCCAGAUGGUGCAGGAACCCUUGAUAUCUAGUGCCAUCAUGGAUGGCAAAGUCACUGCCAAGGACAUGAUGAGCUUGGCCAGCAUCCCCCCACCAGCACAACCCACGUCAUCAUCAUCAUCACCACAAACAACCCCUGAACAAUCCUCAAGGAAGAGAAGAAGGUCAUCGUCCCCUUGUCCAACCUCGAAGAAACUCAGAAGGGCCUCUGACCAAAUCGAUGACAGGGCAGUCGUGCUGAGACCCGAUCGCUGGCGUCAAGUGGCAAGUCGAGCGUGGGUGGGAACCCCUCCUUUGACCAUAGGCCCACUGCACCGUGAUCACCAGACUCAAGGUACUGCUCCAGUGGGAACACAGCAGGAUGACUGCGACGAGGAUGCGACAGAGGAUCCAUCCUCGGAUGAGCCAGAUGCUGCUGGAUCCAUGCUGGAGGAGUUACCUGAUGCUGCUCUUCCUCCCUUGGAUGCAUGCCAGGAGGAUACACGUAUGUUAGACAAUCUGUACUCUCAAUGCCCGCUGAAAGAGCUGCUCUCUGAUGGGUGGGAGUGGGAUGCUGAUUCGAUGCCAGAAGACCUGUGGAUGGGACAGGAUGGACCGAGUGGGGGUGUGACGGUAGUAGAAUCACAGGGUGUUGGAUAUGAACAGCAAACGUCGCAACGCUCUCAAGUGCCUGGUACAAGCAGCAACCACACUUCCCAGUCGGACCAUCUGCUGGGGACCCCUGAUCACACGAUGCUGAAUCGUUACAUAGGAUAUCAAUAUUGGAGCCAGGAAUGGCAGAAUGAAUAG